CUGAUGUGCACUGGAUCGCUUUUUUUCCCUUUUACGUGCUUGCUUUCUAUUCAUCGUACCUUUUGCUGGCCAAAUUAUACUCGUGCACGUUUGGCGUGCUAUUCAGGGUUCAGCGAAUGUAACCCAACGCUGAUUCAGCGCCAAUGGCUGUGCAGGCAUUCACCUCUUCGUCUACUGGACCUACGAUCGUCCCUCCAAUCCCCAUUUCCCUCCUUUCUUUCUACCCUACGGUACAGUACCAGAGUCAUGGGGAAUGAUGGAGGAAGUAUUCCAGACCGGCGCGAUCUCGUACGCACAAAGCCAAAGGCCGAGCAAGCGGAUAAGGCGAACCAGACUCGCGCUCGAUGGCACUUCUGUGCGCUGUCGAAGAAGCCGCUCCAGGAACCCGUCGUGUCCUGUGCCCUCGGCAAGCUAUACAACCGAGAAGCCAUCAUCGAGUACCUGCUAGACAAGACGGCCUACGGCGAUGGACAGGAGAUAUGCGGGCACAUACGGUCUCUCAAGGACGUCAAGACCUUGAAACUGACCCCGAACCCCGCGCCCCGGUCCACAGCGGACACCACCUCCGACGAGUUCAGGCCCCAGUUCAUCUGCCCGCUCACCGCGAAGGAGAUGACCGGCGCGCUUCCCUUCGUCUAUAUCGCCACCUGCGGCUGCGUCUUCUCGCACGCCGGGCUCAAGUCCCUCGCCUCCUCCUCGCCCAAAGACUCCCCCAAGGACUCGGCCACUCCUCCGCCCGCCGAGCACAAGCAGCUCGACCUCUGCCCGCAGUGCGGCGCCAAGUACGACAAAUCGUCCGACGUGCUGCCCCUCAACCCCUCCCCGGAAGAGGAGGAGAAGCUCCGGCUCGCGAUGGAGCUCAAGCGCGCCGCCGAGCCCGCUCCGACGACCAAAAAGGGCGGCAAGAAACGGAAAGCGGACAAGGUGGAGAAGGGCGAGGAAGGCGAGGCGAAGAAGAAGGCGAGGCAGCCGGUGCCGAGCAUGAACCCGUCGAUCGCGGCGGCGUCGAAGGCGGUGGUAUCGAGCCUGGCGAUGGAAGAGGCGAAGCGGAAGGCGGGCAUGAGCGAUGCCGUGAAAGAGCUGUAUGCGAGCAAGGACGGCCCAAAGCGAAAGGAGACGUUCAUGACCAUGGGCACGUUCACGAGGUAUGCGUGAAGUUGGUAUUCUUUCGCUGUGUCGGAUCUUUGGGUACGCAGGGUGGACGCUGGCGGGUUGGGCUAGGGCUAGAGGUUGCGUGUAUCAUGAUUUGUAUCUCUAUUCGAUGCAACCCAUUCAUUAAUUCGGACAUAUCUCC